AUGAAGUAUAUUUUGAUAUCUGGUGGCGUGAUUUCGGGUAUUGGGAAAGGAAUAUUUGCUUCUUCUCUGGGUCUCUUAUUAAAAACUAUCGGAUUAAGGGUUACUGCUAUAAAGAUAGAUCCUUAUAUGAAUAUUGACGCGGGAACUAUGAGUCCUAUCGAGCAUGGUGAAGUUUUCGUAUUAAAUGAUGGUGGGGAAGUAGAUCUUGAUUUAGGAAAUUAUGAACGUUUUCUUGAUAUAACCCUUACCAAAGAUAAUAAUAUCACAACUGGAAAAAUCUACCAAAAAGUCAUCAAUGAAGAGCGAAAAGGAGAUUAUCUGGGCAAGACUGUACAAGUGGUUCCCCACGUAACUGAUGCAAUGCAAGAAUGGAUUGAACGAGUAGCCGCAAUACCUGUUGAUGAAAGUGGCGAAAAACCUGACGUGUGCAUUAUUGAGUUGGGGGGCACGGUUGGUGACAUAGAAUCCGCCCCAUUUGUCGAAGCGAUGCGCCAAUUUCAAUUUCGAGUAGGAUACAAAAAUUUUGCAUUGGGUCACGUGUCGCUUGUUCCCAUUAUUGGUCCAGUAGGCGAACAAAAAAGUAAACCAACUCAAGCCACCAUAAGAGAAUUAAGAUCUCUUGGAUUAUCACCUGACUUGAUUGCGUGUCGUUGCUCCACAACAUUAGAUAAUGACGUUCAAAAUAAAAUCUCAAUGUUUUGUCAUGUUGGAAAAGAUCAAGUACUUUCUGUUCGAGAUGUCUCCUCAACUUACCACGUUCCUCUUUUAUUAAGAGAACAAGGUGUUUUGGAUUUUCUAAAGAGAAGACUAGAUUUGGAUAGCAUUUCUAUUUCAUCGACUCAAAUCGAGAAAGGCGAAACCUUAUUGAAACAAUGGACGAGGUUAACAAUAGACCAUGAUCACCUCUCACAGCCCGUUAUAAUAGCCUUGGUGGGAAAAUAUACGAAUCUUCAAGAUUCGUACCUUUCUGUUAAGAAGUCACUCGAACAUUCUGGACUAAGAUGUGAGAGAAAAUUAAUUCUUAAGUGGAUCGAAGCUUCAUACUUGGAAGUAGAAUAUGAAAAAACAGGUCCGGAAAAGUAUCGAGAAUCAUGGGAAGAUUUAAAAUCUGCUGAUGGUAUUUUGGUUCCGGGAGGAUUCGGAACUCGUGGCACAGAGGGAAAGAUUGCUGCAGCAAGAUAUGCACGCGAAAACAAAGUUCCUUAUUUAGGAAUUUGUCUAGGGUUGCAAGUAGCCGUAAUUGAAUUUGCUCGCAACGUUUGCGGUCUUGAAGCUGCAAAUUCAGAAGAGCUCGACAAAAAUGCAACACAUCAGGUUGUUGUCAAUAUGCCGGAAAUUUCAACAACAGUUCUUGGAGGAACAAUGAGAUUAGGGUUGAGAUCUACUAUCUUUCAAGAUGGAACAGAAUCAUGGUCAAAAAUACGAAAAUUAUAUGAGAACGCCCAAUCUAUCUCUAAAGAUCAUUUUGUUGUUGAGCGUCAUCGACAUCGAUAUGAAGUAAACCCUAAUUACGUAUCCAUAUUCGAAGCAAAAGGGUUACAAUUUGUAGGACGUGAUGAAACCGGAAGAAGAAUGGAAAUAAUGGAACUUAAAGAUCAUCCAUUCUUUAUUGGUACACAAUAUCAUCCUGAAUAUCUUAGCCGUCCUCUUAAACCGUCGCCUCCUUUCCUUGGAUUUGUUAUGGCUUCUGCAGAAUUUUCAAACAAAUCUGUAUUAAAGAGUAAACCAAAGACUAAUGGAAUUUCGGGGAUUCAUAAUCAUUUCUAA